AUGGAUGGGAAAACUGAGGUUGUCUAUAGGUCAUUGGGAAACUUUUUGAGGUGUCUUACCAAGGAGCGUGGUAAGUCAUGGGAUCUCAUACUUCCUCAAGCAGAUUAUGCUUAUAAUGAUCGUCUUAACCGAAGCAUAGGAAGGAGUCCUUUUGAAGUUGUGUAUGGCAUGAUUCCAAGAGGUGUAUAUGAGUUGAGAGAUCUAAAAGGGAUGGAAAGAAGGAGUGCACAAGGAGAGAAUUUUGCAAUAGCAAUGCAUGAUAUCCAUCAAAAAGUGAAGGAAACUCUUCAAAAGAGUGCAGAAAGAUAUUUAGCUUGUUUGGAAAACAAAGAUCUAGCAUGCAAAGAAUAUUUCUUAGAGUUACAGAAGAAAAAGCUUUUCUCUGAUCUGGUUCCCAGUUUUGUCCAUAUUCUUGAAGGAAGUGCCUCUGGCAGUAAAAAUGCAAAAAGGAAAAGUGUGAUCUCUCCCCCAAGAUCAAUAGAGAAGACAAAAAGUGAAGUUGCACAUGAGGUUAUUUCUCUUGAUGAUUUGGAAUCAUCUGUUGUGAUUAAGGACAAUCAUGUUGCUGAAGAAAGAAAAGAUGAGGAAGAUGAUACGUGCAGUAUUGAUAAUAUUUUUAGUUUGCUAAAGGAAGAAGUUGGAUUGAAAAAGUUUGAUAGUAUUGUUGACAUCAUGCCAGAUGUCUUGAGUGAAGUGCUUAAAGAUUAG